GCUUAACUCUGCAAUGGUGGCAUCGCCGCGGCUCAGAGAAUUGCUGAAGGCGACGGCCAAGAGGCUGAAUCGCAAAGCAGAAGAUUCUGAGCCUUACUUGGCAAUCCUGGAGGAGAACUGGUAUGACAGCGUGGAUAGCCUGAAGCUGGUCCAGGUUGCAGAGCUUCAGGCUCUCGGCAUCCCGCAACGCUUUGCCAAGGAGCUGUUGCAGCUGGCGCAGAACGAUGGGCAAAAGCCGGAGCCGCCUCCUCCGCCCAGUAUCACUGUGCCCAGUCCGCAUCCGCCCGAGGGCCCGCCACCGCGCAAACGUCCCCAUGAAGACGGACCUGAGUAUGGGAAAGGACAAGGCAGCCAUGCCAGCGCAUGGAAGAGCCCACGGCCAGAAGAAAAAGGCAGUGAGGAGCGGAAGGGAAAGGGAAAAGGCAAGGGAAAAGCUAAGGGCGGAAAGGGCGAUCGCCAGGACGAUCGAUGGGACGACUCACGAAAUAACAGUCGCACUGGCCAUGACCAAUGGGACCAAUAUGAGAAGUGGGACGAUUGGCGCAGUCAAAACCAUGAGCUUCCCCCGGAGCUGGCGUCGCACAAGCACUUUCAGCUGAUGCACAAGAUCACAUUUCAAGAAGAAAUUGAUCGAAAUUUCCCCUUGGCAGCGCGUUUGAUUGGGAGAGGUGGCCGGAAUGUGAAGCACAUUCACAAAGAGACUGGUGCCUGGGUAUGGCUUUGUGGUCGUGGCUCUGGUUUCAAGGAGAAGGAUGGCCAAGAAGCAGACGAGCCACUCCACAUCCGUGUGCAGUGUGACAGCCAGGCCAAUUUGGACGAAGCUGUUGUCCAGACACACGAUCUCCUUGAUGCAGUGCUGCAGAUGUACAGUGACUGGCUGGUUUCGGGCAAACUACCUGACGAGGACGAAGCUUGCUAUGAAUGUGGUCAGACUGGUCACAUCGCGAAGUUUUGUUCGAAGAGAAGUGGAAAUGGGGGAAGGGCCCCAAGGGCUCCUCGGGAGGCUCCCAACACCGCUUUCAAGGGUGCUUCCAAGGGCGAAAAAGAGAAAUGCUUCGAUUGUGGUGAGGUCGGCCACUUUCAGCGCCACUGCCCUUACAGACAGGAGCAUCAGAAAAGUCAGAAAGGGAACCGUAGCUGGGAGCAGAAAAGUGAUUGGUCAAAGUCAAAGUGGUAGUCUCACAAUGCCGAUGAAUUGUCGCAUGUAGUCUCUGGUCUUCAGCUCCGGCCGAAACUGGCUGCGAACCUGCCACCGCUGCUCCAAGUUUUACCGUAUGAAUCCCCAUGACUACUGUUGGGAUUCAUUCAUCCCAGCUUCUGGAAUCUGGAAGGGCAUGAUGCAAGAUGCAGCUUCAACUGAA